AGUUUUUCGAAAACGAUGGCGCAACGAUGAUCAUGUGAUUUCCUUCCAAAAUCGUGAAAAAUGGUGAUUGUUGCGGUUUCAAAUUCCUCCGGCGUGGUGUGGACGAAGCCUUAGCCUGCAGUCUGGAUGGGUCAUUGAAUUUCCUCCUUUUGUGAGGGGCCGGAGGGGGGGGGAUGAAUUAAGCCUGUGUAGCAAGCGCAGAAACGGAAGGGAGAAAGGGAUUGGCCCUCUCCUUGCGCACAGUUCCUCUCUUCCUUCCUCUUCCUACGCCUGCAAUGCAUGCCAAUGCAACCAAAACUAAGGUCAACCACGCUUUCAUGUCUCCUUUUAACGCAGUGCCAAGCAGAGAAAUGACGGCAAUGAAUAGCUGCGUGAUGAAACGGUUCAAGCGGUGCACUGGGGACAAACGAUUAGAAGCGGGCGAAAAACAACAUAAACCGUAGUCGGAACGAAUAAUUCGUGCAUGGGGUAUAGCCGUCUUCUUGCGACGAAGAAAAAUCCCCUUUCUUUGGAAAUAUUUAAAUGGGAGUUUUCAUUUUCUCUUGGAGUUUUCGAAUACCCUUCUCCCCAUCAGCCCCCCACCCACCCAGCCCCCGCAUCGCUUGUACUUUGCCAGGAUGAAAAUUAUCACGAUUGAAAGCGAGACAUCACGCAAUCCAACGUAAAAAUCACGCAAGUCUUAAGCUGCAUCAGAACAAAUUUCUCUAAGCUUUGUCGUGGAUCCACUCACUGCGCCAGCUCAAGAUGGCACCCACUUUUGUCCCAGGACGAGAGCAAGGAAAAAAGUGGAAAUCAUAUAAGAUCAAGAAAGGAAAUGCUGCAAGAAGCAAACGUGUAACUCGAAGCCAGUUAAAAGAUAAUCUUACAAGUCACACAACGCUACGUUACAUGGCAGGGUCGAGCAAGAUAUUUUACAACUUGAGGCCAAGAAAGAAAACACAAGAGCUUGGCCAGUUCAGAGGUUUGCCAGCAGACAUGGGCGUCUUUCGCGACAAACUGGAGAACUACUUGGCCAGAAUGGAAGAGGAACUAGACCGAACUAUGAAUUUCUGGCUGGAAAAUUCCGGUGAUAAAAGAAACGGAGGUUAUUAUGUCUGUCUGGGUAGAGAUGGCAAAGUUUACGACGGCUCCAAGUACGGCUGGCUCGAGGGAAGACAGGUAUGGAUGUACUCCAAACUUUACAACGAAAAUUCGAAAUAUGGCAAAACAAAGGUCCUUAAAGCUGCAUUAUCAGGUGGCGAAUUUCUCUUAAACCACAUUAAGAGACCUGAUGACGGACGCUGUUAUUUCCAAGUCACAGCUGAGGGAGAACCAAUUAAAAUUCAAAGAACAAUCUUCACUGAGUGUUUCUAUGUGAUCGCAAUGGCUGAACUGGCGCGAGCAAGCAAUCUCUCAAAGUACAAGGAGGAAGCCCUCAGGAUGUUAUCACUGGUAACACACUGGGCACGUGUUGACGACGCCGAGCUAGGCCGUCCCAAGCUGUCAGGGCAAGAGGCCGCAAAUCCCCUGGCUGUACCAAUGAUGCUGUUGUAUGUGAUCGAUGAGGUAUGCCGGGAUGAUGGGGAGCUUCGUCAGACGUACUGCGAAGAUGAAGAGUGGGCAGUGCAGCAGAUUUUGAAACACUUACAGAUAGCUGUUCUAUUUUCGUUUCAGUUCUCGGAUCCUCAGUAUGGUGAGUGGUUUGGUUAUCUUAACCAAAAAGGAGAAGUCACGCACACUUUCAAAGGGGGGCCAUUUAAAGGCUGUUUCCAUGUUCCUCGGUGCCUUCACAUGUGUAUCAAGAUGUUAAAGGGACUGUUGGAAGAAGAACCAUUGACAAACGGCAUGAUCAAUGGUAACUGAACCUACAUUCGAUAGGUUCAAUGAAAAGAAAAACAACAUCAAAAGCAGGAAUAUCCAAGCUUAGCUGUGAUUUUCGCUCAUUAUAUUCAAGAACUGUGAGUGAGGCUGAGAGAAGUUAUCUAACCUUAUGUUUGCUUAAUAAAAUAAAACAAGUAUGAGCUAGAAGUGUAUUGAAAGGCUUUAAAAU